AUGAAUCUCUCCCUUAUUGAUCCCUUUGUCCUGGCUCAGGACUACCCGGACACCCUAACAGAGAAACUGAGAAGCGGUCAUGCGACGUCAUUACGCUUCAAUCGCAGGGGCGACUAUCUAGCCUCCGGACGAGUAGACGGUAUCGUGGUGAUUUUCGACAUCGAAACAAAUGGAGUGGCGCGAAAAUUACGGGGUCACACUAGACAGAUCCAAUCGCUCAGGGAUGGUCGUUACCUUCUAAGCUCCUCACAAGAUUGGAAGUGCAUCCUCUGGGAUCUGAAAGACGGGUCAAGGGUGCGCACCGUCCGGUUCGAAGCUCCUGUGUACAUUGCCGAACUACAUCCUUACAACCACUUGUUAUUUGUCGCCUCUCUAUUCGAAGAGCAGCCAGUGCUUGUCGAUGUCUCAUCUCCCAAACCCAUCAAGCGCAUCCUUCCCUCCGCUCCGUUCCGCCCCAAGUCCGAAGAAGUUGACCCCGCCGUGGCCGCAAAGCAAGCAGCCCAGGAUGCAAAGCACUCGACCUGCGUGACCAUCUUCACUGCGCUAGGAAAUCAUAUUAUCGCUGGGACUUCUAAGGGCUGGAUCAAUAUCAUCGAGACUCAAACCUGCACCACCAUUCACUCCUCGCGGCUCUGCAACGGCUUAGUGACUCUUAUACGCCUCUCCAGUAACGGACGAGAUAUCUUAAUCAACAGCUCCGAUCGAGUCAUUCGCACGAUCCUCAUGCCCGAUCUCUCCCAGCUCGGCAUUGAUCUCGAACUCGCCAGCAUCAAGCUACAAGUCGAGCAUAAAUUCCAAGACGUCGUCAACCGCCUCAGCUGGAACCACGUCACCUUCUCAUCCACCAGCGAAUUUGUCACCGCUUCUACCUACAUGAACCCCGACAUCUACGUGUGGGAACGCAGCCACGGCUCCCUGGUCAAGAUACUCGAAGGGCCGCGAGAAGAGCUCGGCGUCGUGGAAUGGCACCCCCAUCGACCCAUGGUCGUCGCCUGCGGUCUUGAAUCCGGACAUAUCUACACCUGGUCCAUCGUGACGCCGCAGAAAUGGUCCGCCCUAGCACCUGAUUUCGGCGAAGUUGAAGAAAACGUCGAGUACGUCGAACGCGAAGACGAAUUCGACGUCCAUCCGGCCGAAGAGAUCCACAAACGUCGUCUCGACCAGGAAGACGAAGUCCCUGACGUCCUGACCAUCGACUCCCAGAAGAGCGACGCAGACGAGGAGAUUGAUUCCUUCCGAAUGCCUAUCCUCCUGGACAUCUCCGAUAGCGAGAGCGAAGAGGAUAUCGUGGCCGUGGGACCGGGGACCAUGCGUCGACGCAGCCCUGGUGCCAAUCGCGAGUGGAUGAACAACGACGGCGAUAAGGACUCAACUGCGGGUGGUGGGAGAAACGGGACCGGCAGAGGGGGGAGGGAGCGGCGUCGAUGA